AUGGAGCAGUACAAAGAGACUGAGGAAAUGAAGCGAUAUGAAAGGACUAGUGCAAAUGGAAGGAAAGAGACUGAGGAAAUGAAGCGAUAUGAAAGGACUAGUGCAAAUGGAAGGAAAGAGACUGAGGAAAUGAAGCGAUAUGAAAGGACUAGUGCAAAUGGAAGGAAAGAGACUGAGGAAAUGAAGCGAUAUGAAAGGACUAAUGCAAAUGGAAGGAAAGAGACUGAGGAAAUGAAGCGAUAUGAAAGAAGGACUAGUGCAAAUGGAAGGAAAGAGACUGAGGAAAUGAAGCGAUAUGAAAGGACUAGUGCAAAUGGAAGGAAAGAGACUGAGGAAAUGAAGCGAUAUGAAAGGACUAGUGCAAAUGGAAGGAAAGAGACUGAGGAAAUGAAGCGAUAUGAAAGGACUAGUGCAAAUGGAAGGCAAGAGGGCAAAGCUGAUGCUCUUCUAAGAAUGAAUGCUGAGAAGGAGUCAUACCUGAAUGCACACUGA